CUUCAGACUUCGAACACAAACAUCACUACAAGAUGAGAUGAAAAUAUGACAACAUGGUGCUGCUAACCAUGACAGCGUCGAUAGUGGAGGCUCUGGAAAAGAUCCAGAGCCUACGAGUCGCAUCAUCCUUGGAAGAGAAGCAAUAUAACGCCGAGGAAGAUGAAACCAAGGAGCACGAGAUACAUGGCCAAGAACAGCCAGCAGAGAAUACAACAGACCCACAGAAGAUUUCAGCAGAGAAUACCAGAGAAGCUACGUCUACAGAGCCAACUCUAAAGAAUGCAAAGAUUGGCAAUCCAAUCUCGCAUGGACAGGUGGUGGAUCUGUCGAAUCAAAUGAAAGAACAAGGGAUAGAGCCAUGUAGAUUGGAGUUGCUACUCAAAGGAUCGAGAAUAUAUAUUCCACCACCUCCACCUAAACCUGAGCCUACUUCAGAAUACAAAGCUCUGAUGGCUCGUCUCCGCCGCGAGGAAGAAGCCCGCUCCUACGAACGCAUGACGAAUCCGCCUCCGCCAGCGGAAACCUUUGCCCAGCGCUUCCCAAUGGCCUCUGCUGCACAUGCUUUCCCCUCCAGCUAUCAAUCAAUCGAGACAUCAGAUCCCGAUGAUGACGGUACGACAUACGCAGAUGUUGACAGACAAAUGACGUUGAUAUUCAAUGUUUUGAUCAGUAUCGUGGCAUGUGCUGCAGGAAUAUGGAUUACAGCAAGAUGGUGGAGCACUCCCAUGAGACUAGCUUUGAGCAUGGGUGGUAGUAUGCUGGUGGGCGUGGCAGAAGUUGUGGUGUAUGCAGGCUAUAUCAGACGAGUGGGAGAAGCAAAGACACAAGAGAGGAAGGUGAAAGAGGUCAAGCAGGUUGUAAAUACCUGGGUGGUUGGAGCAGAUGAGCAGGAAUCUGUCCAGGCAGAUCAUGUUCUAUUGACACCGAAUGAGGACAAUAAAGACGCCAAAGCGAGGAGAAGGAAG